AUGGCGACAACAACAAGAAUGUUCUGCUUCAUGCUCGCGAUGGUUCUAAUGGGAUGUUGUUGCUCGGCAAAAAUCUACAAAGUGGGAGACUCGAAGGGUGGGAUGAUAGCGAAGCACGGUAGCUAUUAUGAAUGGACUAAGCGUAAGGAAUUCCAGGUGGGGGAUUCUCUGAUGUUUGAAUACGAUGGCAACGUCAACGACGUCACUCAAGUUUCCAGUCGUUUGGAAUACCAAUUCUGCAACUCUCUUUCUCCUAAAGCUUUCUACAACACAGGGCAUGAUGUCGUGACACUCACGGAACCAGGCAGUCAAGACAUCGGAGAAGAACGUGGUGCAAACACUGAAGCCAUUCGUAAAGAAAGGAGAACGUGGACCCCAACCGACGAUGUAGUGCUCAUCAGCUCGUGGCUGAACAUGAGCAAAGACCCUAUAGUUGGGAAUGAGCAAAGGUCUAUUGCAUUCUGGAAAAAAAUUGCUGGGUAUUACAAUGCUAGUCCUAAGCUUGCUGGGUGUGAGAAGAGAGAGGCAGCUCACUGUAAGAAUCGCUGGCACAAGAUCAAUGACAUAGUUUGCAAGUUUUUUGGAGCAUAUGAAGCUGCAAACAUAGAGAAAACCAGUGGGCAAAAUGAGAAUGAUCUCCUCAAACUAGCCCACGAGAUCUUCUUCACAAACCAUAACAAAAAAUUCACCCUUGAGCAUGCUUGGAAAGAAUUGCGUAAUGACCAGAAGUGGAGUGAGCUGUCUGCGUCUAAAAAUGAUUCCAAAAAGAGGAAGUGUGAGGACAGUGAACAUUCAGCAAGCUCUCCAGUUGAUACAGCUGUAGAUGAUGAAGGAACUACUCGUCCCACGGGUGUUAAGGCUGCAAAAGCCCGUGGUAAGAAAACGAUGGUGGAGGGGAAGGAUCUGGACGCGUUUGAGACUAUGUGGAGCAUCAAGCAGCAGGAUUUGGCGAUCAAAGAAAGGCUGUCGAAGAUGAAGCUUCUUGACAGUCUCACUGCAAAACAAGAACCCCUUGUUGAUUAUGAAGAAGCUCUGAAGAAGAAGCUCAUUAUUGAGUUGAUGUCUAAUUAG